UUUGAGAAAGCAGACAUGGUUUUCAGGGCUCAAACCAUCAGCAAAUUGCCGCUGGCUCGCAGGAGCAGCGGCUGCCGCGGGUGGCCGGGAGCUGUGCCGGAUCUCUGGCCGUGCUCGCUCCCUCCCCGUUUACUUUCGCUUCCCAAGCAGCCCGUGACCUCUGCUCAGCCAGGCGGGGAGGAGGAGGAGGAUCGCCCCGCGCGGGACGGGUGCCGGGCACGGCACAACCCCCGAAACCGAUGGAUGAUGCUCUACAGAAGAUAUCAGUCGUAUUGUCAUCGGCUGCAGCACGACAUGUAUUUCCUGACAAGCACCAGCCGACUGAAUGAGCAAGUGGUUGAUAAAAUUAUUCUUCAGCUUAACAGAGUCUAUCCCCAAAUUCUUACCAAUGAAGAAGCAGAAAAGUUCAGGAAUCCAAAGGCAUCACUCCAUACCAGACUCUCAGAUCUGUUAAAGCACCUUCAAAAGAAAGGAGACAGACACUGUCAGGAGUUUUACAGGGCUCUGCAGAUCAAUGCUGAACAGCUGUUUAAUGACCUGCCAAGUAGGAAAAUCUUGAAAACCCCAGAUCCCACAGAGAUAGACACUGACAAGGAGCAAUAUAUGCUAAAUGACAGGGGCCCAGUGUUCUUCCUGGCCUGUUUCAGCGUGGCUGCAGGACUUGCCCUCUUUUGGUAUUGCUGUAACUCAGAUACAAAAGUCAUAGGAAGAGCCAGGAGAAUCUUGGGCUUUUCUCCUAUUAUCAUAAGAAGACAUGUUAGAAAUAUUUGUAUGUUGUAUUUGGAAGACAUAUCAAGAGAAUAAGGAAGAGCUGCCUCUUCGCCUGUCUGUGCAGUAACCUGCCAAGGGAAGCCAACGGUGCAUCAAUAUUAAUCUCCUGUACUCAUACCAAAGAUUUUAUUAACUAGCUUCAUCAAUAAUUGCCUUGCCUCCAGAUGUAUUCAGAAUUUCAGCUAUAAAUGUCCUUCCCUCUGGGAACGGACCAUUUAUUUUUGUAAAUGCUUAUUUUAAAAUAUUUAUCGUUUGGAUAAAAAAGGUAUUUUUUAAUACAAGCUUUAAAACGAUCUCCUAAGUGAGGGUCUGAAGCCAUGUUUGCAUAUGUGUUUUAUACUGGAACGAAGGAUCACAACUGUUUGAAGAAUGCUAGCCUGUCUUUUGUGGUAAUUAAUUUAAGAAAAGUACUUCAAACAAACACAUGCACUCAAAGCCUUAUUAAGAAAUGGAUCUCCAUUUCAGAACUGUUUUGUCUAGAUCCUUUUUACUCCCUGCCCUGAGCUCAAGUGUGAAAAGUUUAUGGGUGCCAGUUCUCUUUGUGUCUGCCUUGUACUCAGUGUGUCUUUGGAUUCCCCGCUGGUGCCUCAUCCCGGCCUGUUCCUGGUCAAACCCUGCUGGCCCUGGUUUGAAUGCCCUGGAGCUGGUGCUGACUGGUUCCAGGCCCACAGAGGGUCCCAGGGACUGGAAUGUCUGACCUGAAGCACUUCAGACUACCAAGAUGUUUAAGGUUUAUUUAGUUCUCCCUUUCCCAGUGAAGUGCUUUGCACUCUGUGGCUAAGAAAUGGAACUAAUCCAAGAUACUUUGCAGUGACUUAAGUGUCAUGACAUGGGGCUUUUUUAUGGCCAGAAGUACUUGAAGACUCUGGGAUUGUUCAUAUGUCAUGUGAUGAUGUCCUCUUUUUCUUUUCUGUGAGUUGAAACCUGAGAAACUUGCAGAAACCAUUGUAAGAUAAAAUUCCUGAGGGAGAGGCAGGGAGUUGGGCUGCAAGUGAAGCAGCUGGGGGUUUCUGAGCUUGCUCCUGCCUCAGUCAGUGCCAAGGGCUGUGGAGAGUUCUUCAGUUACUGCUCAAGAGCAUCAGGAGCUUGGGGAGACCAUGACCUUGUACCUGGUGAGAAAGACACUUUUGUGGCUCUUCAUUCAGUCAGGAAAUUUCCAGAUCAAAUCAAAUGUCAUCUGAAUAAACAGAUACAGCACAAGUUACCAAGCACUGGAGGAUCACAUGUGAAAUUUUCAGUCAUUUCAAGUGUUUUUUUCAAAACAGACUGAAAAUUGUCUUUCAGCUUUAAACCUUAUUCAUGCUAUUAAAAUGUCAUCAUUGGGGACUUUUUAUAUAGGUAGGACAAGGGGAAAUGGUUUUAAACAGGCAGAGGGCAGGGUUAGAUAGUGGGAAGAAAUUCUUGGCUGUGAGGGUGGGGAGGCCCUGGCACAGGUUGCCCAGAGAAGCUGUGGCUGCCCCAUCCCUGGAAGUGUUCCAGGCCAGGUUGGAAUGGGCUUGGAGCAACCUGGUCUGGUGGAAGGUGAUCUGUGAUCUCCCCCAAAGGAAAUCUUGUAAUGACUGUGUUUCAUUCCAGUACAGCACUCUCUUGAUAGAGCAGCAAGGAUAUAGUCCAGGGGAGGAGUUGGGUGGCCAAAUCUCCCAGCUCCCUGAUGUCCCUGUGCCAGCAGUGUUCUGUGUCCACAGGCAGACAUGCCCCAGGAUCAGCAGUGGGCCAAGGGAUGCUGUAAACAUAUAAAAUCCUGGUUGCUGCAAACAUGGAACGAGGCAAAUGCCAUGGAACAAAAUAACACCCAGCAGAGAAGGUUUUUUGACUCCUUUCCCCUGCCCCCACCCCACCAGCUCAUGUGUCUCUUGAUCCCAUCUCAGGGAGGACUCUUAUUAGGGAGAAGACAUCAUAUUUCCUACAGAACUGGGCAGCCACGAGGCUCUGCUGCUUCCGUUACACAACGGCUGCUGCUGUGCUGCCUCCCAGCUUGGGGAGGGCUUUAAUCAUGGUCUCUUGUUUUCUCCCUGCCUUGCCUUGUCUUUAAGGUGAAAACAGAUUGUAUUUUUCUCCAGCAAAGCAGAUCUAGUUUAUAACAUUUAAAAUCAUCCCUCUCUCCACUGCUGCUUACCUCGUCUAGCUGCCCCUUCUUGAGGGACUAGAACUACCUCUGAAAGCUGAAGGGGUUUUAAAUCUUUGCUUUGAAGCAAAAUUUGAAACCUCAUUAGAGGAGCAGUAUACUGUUGUACACACAAAAAUCAUUAUUCCAAAUAAUACAGUCACACCUUAUUUUGAAGCAGAAGCAGAGGCCUUACUGCUCCCAGGCAGAUUCUUUCUUUUUAGCUUACCCCCCAUGGAAUAACAGGUUACAAAUUGUUGUGAGCUGCUGCUGAGACUUGCAGAAGUUAUCAGUGCCUUUCUGAAUCUGAAGAUGAGAACUUGCUGGACUGCCCUCUUGGGUCAAUCUAACCCUGUGCAGCAGGACAUGGUCCUCCUAGUGCCUUAAACAAUGCCUUCUUGGCAUGGAAACCACAUGGAAUCAGAGAGUCAUAUACUGGGCUCAGUUGGAAGGGACCUUAAGGACCAUCUUGUUCCAACCCUGUAGGCAGGGACACCUUCCACCAGCCCAGGUUGCUCCAAGCCCUGUCCAACCUGGCCUUGGACACUUCCAGGGAUGGGGCAGCCACAGCUUCUCUGGGCAACCUGUGCCAGGGCCUCACCUGGCUCCCAGGGAAAAAUUUCUUCCCAAUAUGGUACAGGGAAGUUUACUAAAGGCUAGAACUGUAUUUUCUCCCUUCCUGAGGUUGCUUGAGAUGAGGAUGCCUCUCAGGGGGGAAAAAAAGUGGUCUGGAAUGAGCUGUGCCAAGAUUUAGAGCUGGGAGGAGAGAGGAAAGAUGAGUCUUGGUUCAUCCCAGUGUUAAAGGACCUGACAACAAAGAAUAGAAAAUAAUCUGUUCCUUUAUGAGGGCCAGUUACUAAUUCCAAAAGUGAAGGUGAGGCUGCCUAUAAGACUGCCAUGUGCAUAGGUUGAGAGACAUUCUUGGAAGAUUUUUCUUUCAGAAGCUUCUCUGCAAGCACAUGCAGAUAGUGAUAGUUCUAUCUUCAGCUCCUGGAGGAAGCCUGUGUGUACCUGUGUGGGAGUCAGGUCCUUUUUGGCAACCAGUGUUAUGGACUUGGGAAUAAACCAAACAGGGUCUUGGAUGAGGCUGCUUAGCUGUAGAAUUCCAGUUUCCCUGGCAAGUCUAGAAUAUCUUGGCCUUUGCUGCUGAAACUGUGCUGGUAUUUAUUUAUAACUAUGCUUCACUCUGCAUGCAGGGACGUUGUCCUGGCUAGGUUGUAGGUGGGUACAUGUGCAGAGGGUGGGGGGCUUCCUUGUGAGUGCUGUGGUUCUUGUGCUGCAGGCAGGAAUUUCACAGGAGCUAAGGAAAAGCAGACGUGUUUCCAGCAUACCCUCUCUCACCUUGUGCAGCUCCCUGAAGAAGUUUUUGCGUAUCCCUGCAGCAUUGUGCCUUUAGUGGCAUUCCAGGCUAAGGAGCCAGAUGGUUGCUGGACAGGGAUGCUCUCCUGGAGGGCUGGAUGUGGCUGUCAGGAAGGAGAUCCUGCUCUGCAGCAGCUGCUCCCAUCAAGGACUGUCCCCCUUUGCUGCCAGGAGACUUGGGCACAAAUCCCGGGGGCACGAGGGUAGGGAAUGGAGGAUGAGCUCUGGGUUCUUCAGCCCCAGGACCUCCUGAUACCUAGCAAAGAAAUCAUCAUCUUCCCUGUUUUUCUUCCUAUGAAUGGGCAUUUUAAUUUAAGGUAAAGCUGAACUGCCUCUGACUGUCCUGGUGGUGAUGUUAGGGCUGUCUCUGUCCCAGGACAAGAGCUAUCCCGUGCGGUAACCCCCAGGCUGACGUGCAGGUGCUGGCCUGAGCCAUGGAAAUGGUUAAGGCAGAGUGAUGGGCCCAUGUGUGCAGAGAGCUGGGAAGUGAAGUGACAGAUCCUACAAUGAAUUUGCACAAUUCCAUUUAGAGCCAGAGUGCUAUUUAAAGGACUUGGUGAAGGAUGGUGUGCCUGCGAUCCGGAGUGGGCAUGAAGUGAUGAUUCAUUCUGGGAUGCACUGGGCUGUUCCAGAGCUGCUGGCUGGAGUUCACAAAGCUCCUGAGGCAAACUUAACUCCUUUUGCUUCUUUCAUUUGUUGUUAUUGUUCUCAUACUGUAAUAAAUUGGAAACAUGUUUGGUCCAAAUGUGCAAUUGUGGGUGCUUUUCCCUGCUAUUCUGUGUGCACAGAUGUUAUUCCAUGUUAUUCCAUGUUAUGCCAUGUCAUGCCAUGUUAUGCCAUGUUAUGCCAUGUUAUGCCAUGCCUCAGCUGUGCCCCAGCAGUGCUACCAAGGAGCAGUUUGCUGCACUUUGCAGAUCCUGUGCCUUGUAAUAAUGUCUCUGAACGUACGGCUCCCUGAAUCCUGUAGAAAUUCAUGAAUUUCUUUUUUUAACGGGGUAAAGCUGGCAAUUAAAUUGAAAUAAAAUCUGUUCUGAGAAAAGAA